CCCGCCGCCGUUCCCUCCGCGCUUCCACUCCGCCCGCGGCCCGCCCCUCCCCGCCGCGGCUCCCUCGCUCCUCCCCUUUCAGCCCGCCCGUCCGUCCAGCGGAGUGCGGAGAGAUCCGCUCGGGAGUGGAUUGGUUCCCUCCUCCUCUGAUAUUUCAAAUGGAUUAGUCUCAGUCUGAUAUCUCAGAAAAAAAGAGCAUACCUACGUGCCGUUUGAGAGACUAAAAAGACUACAGAGAUGCCCCCCUCACCAUCACCUAGGAGAUCUCUUAAAGAGUUUUCCCACAAAAGGGGGCAUAGUUUUGGAAGCAUUCUGCCUGCUAAACCGAAGGAUGACGAACUCAUAUUGUUCACCAAUAUGCAGAAACACGAGAGGGACAACUUCUUACUGGAACCAGCAGAGGAUUUUGAUGAAUCGAUCUCAAAGUUGAGUUAUUUUCGGGAUUUAAAGCUUGGUGUCAACAUAGCUGCACGGGGGGAAAGCCAUGAUUUGCUUAAUGCUGAUGGUGAAAGAAAUGAUUACGAUUGGUUGUUGACUCCACCAGAGACCCCACUUUUUCGUUCAUUGGAUGAUGAAGAAGACCAGCGCAUUGGUAUGGCUCUUAGGGGCAGGACGCAGAUUAAGCCGAUAUCAAUUUCGAGAUCAUCCACCAUGGAAAAUACUCGAAGGUCUAACAGAAGCAGUGCAAGCCCAAGUAGGCUUAGCCCUUCACCACGCUCAUGUAGCAGCACUGUGUUGACUAGGACAAGAUCAUCAAAUUCAUCUUCAAGAUGCAGCCCGCCACUUACUUUACAACCAGCAACACCGUCACGAAGGUCUUCAACUCCAGCUUCUAAGACAUUAACACCUCCACGGAGGUCACCAAGUCCUGCUUCAAGGAGGAUGAGUACUAGUUCAAGUGACCCAGUUUCAAACGGAAGAAGGGGAAGUUCGCCAGUUAAAGCCAGUCACAGGUCAUCUUCACCGAAACUUCAAGGUUGGCAGUCAAGUCAUCCUGGUUUCUCUUUUGAAGCACCUCCGAACCUACGCACUUCUCUGUCAGAUCGUCCAUUAUCCCGUUCAAGGGGUGGAUCUCCUUCAUCUUUCAGUGGAUUGGACAUGAACUGGAGAGGUAGAAGGCAAUCUAUGUCUCCUACUCCAUCGAGAAGAGCCAGUUCUACCCACAGCAAUGACCGAGAUCAUUUCAGUUCGUACAGCAAAGCAUCUGCAACAUCGUCUGCUGAAGAUGAUCUAGAGUCCACACAAUCUAUACCAAAUAGUUACUCCGGUAGCACAGCUGCAAGAAAGAACUUGUCAGUAAUGAAAUCCAGAACUAUUGCAUCACCUAAGAAGCCAUCCAAGAGUUUCUCCCCUAGUUCUGCUCCAAAGAGGUCCUUUGAUUCUGCAGUUUGGUUGAUGGACCAUCGCAAAACUCCUCAAGAUAAGUUCAGGCCACUUCUAUCAAGUGUUCCUUCCACCACAUUUGGUGUUGUCAAAGGAGAUGAUAUACACUCGUCUAUGUUGUCGCACAAUUCCUCACUUGCAACAAGCAGUAAUCUAAGCUCUGAGUACGGUGUCACUUUUGGCCCUUGUAUGGGUAAUGACCAAGAACAGAGUGAUGUAGUUGGUGAAUGCGAAGCAACUCCUAGUUCCGUAAUUUAUGAGGAUAUAUCUAUAAUUGAUAAAUUGGAUGGAUUGAAUGAAGGACGCGGUUGCCAUCAGUGCACUUUAUCAACUACUCAGAGUGGCCCAGAAUCUCCGAGCUCAGUAAAAUAUGCAGAAAGCACCAUAGAGGGCCUCAAUAUGGAAAGAAGUAGGAUAGCUCAGACUUCAUGUAAUGUUGUAAGUAGUUCUAAGGUCGGAAACACUAAAAUGGCAACAUGCACUAGGUGCGGCAAGUCACUCAAUGCAAUAGAAGACGGUGAAGAAGCUAAUUUCUGUGAAGAAUGUGCUUUAGUAGAUGAGGUUCUUUUUGUGGACCCCAAGACACAGACUAUGGAAGAAGGACAUCAACAGGACCACAAAACUAAAAAAUUUAAACCUUGCAUUGCAUGGGAAAACCCUCAUAUAGCCUCAGAUUGCAUUGAAGAUAUCAAGAAGUUAUCUCUUGACAGUCAGCUGGCGAAUGAUGAACCUCAAGCUGGUUGUCCGCAAAAGUGUCUUCAAUCUCAGUCAACAAUGGAUACAACUGACAGGUUGCUGUUACAGCAACAUGGGGAGAAUGUUGCUCAAAAUUUGAGGCCACAUGAUACUGGAGACUCCCCACAAGGAGAUAGCAUUGAUAUUUCACCUCAUCAAUGUAGCGUAACUGUCUGUCAACAAAAAGAACCAACAUCUGUAGUUGAGUGUGAUAUUUUAAGAGACCAAACUACCAAGCACCGCAACGAGGCGUCGAAAUGCCUGCUGGAGUCAAUGUAUGAAGGCACUAAAUUUGUCUCUGAUACACUUACCAUUGACAGUUCUCAUAAAAGGGGAUCAGUUGAGCAUCUAAAUCUGAAGGCUGAAAAUACUGAGGGUGCUGGGAUUUCAGUACUCUUAUUGCAGAAGUCAAGCAGCAACAAAUGGCCUGUUGUAGAAGGGAGACCCUUAUCUGCUACCAAUGUUCUUUGUUCAGAACCCUAUUAUACAAGGGAUAGUGUCAGUACACAGAAGCGUACCACUGGAUGGGACAGCUCGUCAGCUGCUUCUUCCAUUGAUCAAGGGUCUUCAAGGCAAUCAGUACAUCUGGAGCGCCUUAAAAGUAGUAAUCGUUAUGACUUUGAGAGGUCUCAAAUAAGUAGUACUGUGAGUUGCCAAAGCAUUGCAUCCAUGUCAGAUGUGUCAACCAGCAAUCGUUCAGUUUCAGUUUGUCCUCAGAGUAAUGCGAUUGUAGAUAUUGGCUUCCUAACUGACAAUUCAGAAAGCAGUGCUUCAAGAACCAUGAAUUAUACUGAGGAAUUUGAUGAGUCGUGUAAGUACACUCUCUCAAGUGCUAUAGAGUGCUGGUCCGCUGCACAGGCUAUUGUUAAUGACGAUGGUGAUUCAUUUGGAGAUGUAGCAAUUCAGAACCGAAGUACAGGUGGGAAGGCUCACAAAGAUAACAUAAGUGCGAACUCAUGUUCAUUAGAUAUGAAAAUGCAUAGCAAUAUCCCACUGUCUUUGCCUCCAGAGGAAAGUUGCAUACAAAAAACUGAAGAAGGUACAUCUGCCAUCACUCAGUGCUGUUCAGAUGGCACACCAGAACAUCCUGACGAGUGUGGCAUUGAUAAUCAACAAACGCAGUAUGAAGCAGUUCCAUCUUCUAAUGAGGCAAAUAGGUUAGAUGAUGGUUGUGUGUCUGUGAUCUCUGAGGAGGAUUUAUUGAUUUCUGCAACAGAGGAUAGCACAAUGGAGCUUCCUGGUAAUGAAAAAUCACUGGCUACAGUUCGGGGAUCAAGGGAACAAAUUCAGAGAUGCUUCACUUUGGAAGAGGCUACUGAUACAAUUCUCUUCUGCAGUUCCAUUGCUCAUGACAUUGCAUACAGGGCAGCAACAAUUGGGCUGGAGCGAGAGCAACAAUCAGAACUUGCUUCUGCUCCUCGCCCAACAGUUACCAUGGUAGAACAGCCCAUUUCAAGGGGUGAUACUUCACUGCAGCCACCCAACAGACGAAUGUCAAGACAUCGUAAAAGAUCAGAAGGUGGAACUGUAACAGAAACUGACAAGUUGGAAGUUGUCACUAAAGAUCCUGUAUCUGUGCAACCAGUUCCUGAAUUGUUAAGGACAUCCGACAGCAUGAAGCCUCCAAAGGUUGAAUCAAAGUGCAACUGUGCAAUUAUGUAGAGUUUCCUAUCAACCCAAGGUACCAAGACACUUAUGAUUGUAGUUGAAAUCCAUGGUUGGUACUUAUUAUUUGCACGCAAGUCAGAAACACCGAAACGAACCUACAGCCACCUGUUUCAAUCAGCAUCAGCGACCUACAAAAGAUUGUGGUAGUGGUGGAUUUGCUCUUUAUUGGAGGGUGAUAAGGUGACGAGCCAUUCUUUUGUAAAUUCUUGCUUGUCCCUUUUUCUCUCAGUGUUUACUCCGAUUUUACUUGUCAAGUCGUCCAGUUUUAGUGUUCAUGCCCAGUGCGCGAAUUUCAGUUCCUCGCAAGGAGAGGGAGUGAAAUUUCUAGUUCAGAUGUUUGUGUUCAUUUGUGUAUUCUUUUGCGACGAAUGCGGUCGUGCCUUGUUAUGCAGUCGUGCAUUUGUGGAGUGCACCCAGUCUGUUUGCAUACCUGACAGGGAGUGCAGCGCAAGUUUAGGUUUUGACUCAAAUGUAAGACAGUGUAUCUAUAUAUUGGCAUAGGAAGUUGUAAAUGUA